AGCCCUUACAAGCUAGUGUACCAAGUAAUUAAUGAAGGCGCGCGGCCGAUCGCGUCCCAUCAUGAUGAUCCUCACCAUUCGCCGCCGAAACGAUGGAGCUCACAGUCGCUGAGGCCUCAGGCCUCAUCGCCGCCGGCGUCUUCAUCCUGCAACAGCUGCUGUCUCUCAUCUUCCCGGCAGCGCUGGUCGGAUUUGUGCGAGAGGAGAACACGGCGGUCACCUGGUCGGUUCUUGGACGGUCCCUGCAGUCUUCCCCAUGGCCGACGAUCCUGCAGAACGACACAGCCGCCCGGCAUGGCGUUCGGCGGAGGAUCAGCAACGGACUCACACUCCAGACUGUGACGAUGCUGCUGAUCUCGGUAGCGGCCAUCGUCACCCCACUGGGGCUGUACCAGUCCAUUGAGCCAGGAGACCGCGAGCUAGCACGGUUCGAGUUCGUCAAGGACGAGUCACCUUUUGGAUACGCAACCCAUGCUCGCCUUUCGGGGCCUUUCUCGAGAUCCUGCGGAUCUAGCCGCCCCUGCCCGGGGUCGUGGGGAAACACCACAUGUACGCGACAAGGGCUUGCCGAGGUAUGCACGUCGCAGUUUGGCCGGGCCAUCCCAGAGAUCUGGAGGUCCACGUUCAGGGAAGGGGCUCGGCAGGUCAACGAGUCGGUGUCAAGCAUCUUCGACAUUCAGUGGAGGAACCAGAUCAACACUUCAGAUCCUUACGGCGAAUGGUCACGGUAUAUGCAGUCGGGAUACCGCCAGACUGGCAUCUUGGUCCUGGACCCUACUAUCCAGCUAGUCGACGGCCUCAUAGUAGACGCUAAGGACGGAGGCAUCGGCUUUCGCAAUCAUACGGCCCCGGCCACGGCUUACGAGUACGGCAGCACGUGGUCCGAAGACAUCUUGUUCAUAGAGCCGGAGGCACAGUGCGUCAACUUGAACCUGACCUUCGACUUCCAGCUCGUCGACACCACCUACUCGCGGCGGCUCGAGCCGAGGCACCUGUCUCUGACCGACCACGGCGGCUUCUCCGCCCUGUCCCGUACAAGCCCGGACCUCUCACUCCCCUCCCAUGGGAAUGGUCAGGGCCCCGUGGAUCUGAGGGAGAGGGCAUACAAGGCUGCCUGGGCCAACAACUUCCUGACCCUGGCUCAUUUCAACGCCACCGACCUCGACCCCAACAAUAUCACACGCCUCGACGUGACCCCGGGGAUGAGGCUUCUGGCCGAUGAUUCUGGCAUUGACGUCCCCAAGAAUAACACAAACACAACCGCCGGUACCGAGACAGCAUUCUUUGUAGACUUCCAGUCCGUCCGGUCCAACCUUCAGUUCGGAGAGUACCUCGAUCUCGGGUCCACCUCGGCUGGCAAGCGGCCCAGGGUCACCGUGGACCAGUUUGACUUUGUCUCCGAGCUGUGCGGGGGUGUGGCCGGCGCUAGCCCGGCCAACAUCAACAGCAGCCUGGUCGGGUGCGGGCUCGUGUACGGGGCGGCCUACCGGACGGACGGUGGCGACGAGCUAAGCCCGCAGCCGCUAUCCAACUGGACCGUCCCCGUCUACAGCUGCGCCGCCUCGGUGCGCGCCACCAUUCGCACCGUCACCUUCCGGCACAACGGCUCGGGUCUCGCCGGCCUCCGCGUGACCGCCGCCCAACCCAAGACGUACGCCUCCCCGGCCGAGCACCCGGUCUGGGCCGUCGAGGCCAUGCCGCGCGAAUACAUGAUCAGGGACUCCCAGCCGCUCUGGGGCCUUCUCCCGGAGUCGGCACCGCCGGCGCUCGGGAACAACCUCAGCACGGUGCGGCAGCCCUGGCUGCGCCUGCCGGGCCUGGUCAACUCGAUCGACUCGCCUCUGGCCAACGGGCUCGACUACGUGGCCAACCGCCCGGGGCAGAACCUGCCCGGCGUCGAUUUCUACGCUCUCGCCCUGCAGAACGCCUUCGGCGUCGCUCGCCCGGGCUCCGGCCUCUACUCCCUCUAUGGCGACUACUCGGGCCUCACCUCACUCGCCAUGUACAGCAAGUGGCGCAACCUCACCAGCUCUGAGGCCGGCACCGCCCACCUUCUCCGUCUCCUCUGGACCGACAUCGCUGCCAACUCGGUCGUUGGCACCAAAGGCUGGGGGCUUGACGACCCAGCGGCCCUGGGAGAGGGCGAGGGAGAAAGCGGGAAUCGGGUGAGGAAGAGGGAUGGUGAUGAUGAUUGGAAUGGUGAUGGCAACGGCUCACAGGACGUGGGGGCGGUGGUUCCCGUGACGGUGUACCGGCUGCGGGUGCGGUACCAGCUGCCGUACAUGGCGCCGGCGAUCGUCGUACUGGUGCUGGCGGCGGGCGUCUUGUGCACUUGGCUGGCGCUGACAGCGAUGAGACGGACGGGCCCGGCCAAGAUGCGUUGGCUGUUGGAUGCCACGUCCCCCGGCCGGAUCCUGGGCAGCUUCCUCUGGCCCGAAAAGGCGGCCACGCUCAGGGGCACCAACGAGUGGGUCAAGACGCUGGGAACCAAGAUGGUGGUCGUCGGCAGCAAGGGCCCAGGCGGGCCGGUCGCCGUGGCGGCUGGAGGCGAGGACAAACCGCAGGAGGGGAAUGCUCGUCCCGAGGGCGAAGAGACGGUUCAGCUCAUGAGCAAGGAUCGGCCAGCAGGGACAGCAGCAGCGUGAGAGGAGAGCCGUGCCGGGACAAGUUUUUUUUUCCCUUCUCUCUUUCUAUCUCCCUUCUUUCCUUUCUGUCUUUAAACCUACAACAUCAUAACCACAAAGUGUCUG